AGAAUAAUGUCGCUACUCUUUUUUGCUCAGAACCCUAAAGUAUACAUUACAUGGGUGUUGCUAGCCAGGAAAAAUUCUUUGGAGUAAAAACGGCGUAGGUGAUGCAUUUAUUGGCGAGUUAUACCUAUUCAAGAGCCAAAGACGCCAUUCAAAGCUAUGCCAUAGCUAGGUAGCCACAAUGCUAAAAUAGUAAUUAGAAUAAUAAAAAGAUAACAUUUCGAUGAAUAAAACAAAAGAGAAGUGGAGGCAUUUCACAACGUCUUAAAAUCGAUUCAACUCGUUUUUACACAACAAACGUGCAUUAUUUUUCCAUUGAAGACGACCACCUAAAAGUCAUGUUUGACUUAGCAAUUUUAUGGGUUUUUACGCUUUCCACAUCGUUGAUUGCUGCUAUUUGCCUUUUCGACUUAUAUCGCUACCAGAAUACGCAAUCACGUGUCGAAAAAGAACUUGAAAAAGAAGACCUUGAACUUAUUUGCAACUUAGCAAAGUUUCCAUACGAAACGAAAAACGAAGAUCGUUGUGUAACUUUAAUGGAAAAAUAUCAGCUUUCUCCUAAUGCAUCUAGCGACAAUUGGCCUCAUUCGGAAAUGACACCUUUUUUGUCAUCUUGCUACGGUGGAUCGCUGAAGUUAAUUCAGUUCAUGUUAGAAGCUGGGGCUGACAGAAAAUUCCAGAAUCUGAACGGAGACGGUGCCCUUUACAUGGCUACCUACGGAAUUGCCUGUCGCCUUCGAUCUGCUCAGUGUCCUCAACGACGAAGCAGCGAAAUUCAACUUGGCGUUCUUAUUAUCGACUGCCUUAUUAAACAAGGAUGUGACAUUAAUUCACGAAAUAAUUUCGGUUUCACCCCUUUACACUGGGCUGCGACUACGGGAGAAAAAUGGCUAGUAGACCAUCUUCUAAAAAGAGGAGCUGAUCCAUCCAUUCUAACUUAUCUUAGUAGAGCUCCAGCUUCUGCUUUUGCUAAAGAAGAAGUUCAGACGCUAUUGAAAGAGGCGGAAAACGUUUACCACUCAUCCUAAUAUGACUUUCGUGUAUCUAACGCCAGUAGCUGUAUUACAGAUGUAUCAUACACUCAGAUGUACUGUACACGAAAACGAAAAGACCAAACACCCAUUCAUCAUGUAGAAACUGAAACAUAGAUUGACAAAAAAAAAAGGAGUAUGAUUAUUAGUCAAGAAAAUGUGGAGAAGGGAGCAGCAGAAUGGUUUAUAAAGUGCUCAAAAUAAGGAAACAUGUCACUGACAUUUCAAUGGAAAGCACCUGUAAGAAAAAGGU